CAUUGAUUGCGAUUAAAACAUGAAUGAAAUUUAAAAAAAACAUUGACUAAUUGUUGUUUAUCCGGUUUCAAAUUUAUAGAUUUUCCUGGAAUGUGCUUUGCAUCGACACGAUGUGCCACUGUUGAACCAGGUAAAUCGUGGGAUUUAUCACCAUUCUGCGGAAAAUCAACAUGCGUGGUUUCAAACGAUAACAGUGGCCGACUACAAGAAUUGGUUGAAGACUGUGGCCCAUUGCCAAUUGAAAAUAAUCGUUGCAAAUUGGACACCGACCGAACAAACAAAUCAGCACCAUUCCCAUAUUGUUGUCCGAAAUUCACAUGCGAACCAGGCGUGAAGCUUGAAUAUCCAGAAAUCAAGACCGAAGCACCAAAUGAUAAACAAUAAACAUCCUAUUUAACCUAAACACACAACCGCACACACACACACAAACACACUCAAAUUUACAAAACUUCUUCCUUUCAAACACAUUCAGAUAAGGAGACAAAUUGCUGAUUCGAACAUUUUGAUUUUUUCCCCUUUUUUAUUUAAAUCUCUUAUUUCAUUUCAUGAUAUAUAUAUAUGUAUAAAUUGUAUAUGUAAAAUACUUUCAGUAGAAAUCGGCUGGACGAAAAAAAAGCUAGAAAAAAGAGAUCUUUUAAUGCACUGUUAGGAACAAGAUAAAUCUGCAAGAAAAAAACCAUGAUAUAAUUUAAUUUUAUAUUAAUUUAAAAAGGACAAAAAUAAAAAUAAGAUAUUUUCACCAAAAAGCCAA